UAAUGGUACGUGUACACUGUAGAGAAAAUCUACCUAGAUUUUAGAUUUAGAUACGUUCUCUAGGUGAGACUUGUCUAUGUUCUGUGUACACUAUAACAUAUUUUGGCCCUCGCUAGACCUUCUUAGAUAUUUCCUAGAUUAAAUCUAUACCAAUUUCUCUAUGUGGUGUGUACAUAACAUGGUAGAUUUGAUCUCGUAAAAACGUAUAGGCAUUAUUGCACCGUAGUUUGUUGGAAGUAGUUUGAAAUGUCGCGAAUUAAGAAAAUUGCAGCUGCCUCUGUUAGUUUAAUAACGAAGAAGAGAAAAAAUGUUGAGCUAAAAAACAAGAAGAGAAGGAUGUGGGUUAGGAGCUGGAUUUCAAGAAGACAGGAUAGUGGUUUUUUUGCUCAAUUGGUGAAAGAAUUACACAGCGAAGACAUGAACUCAUACGCUAACUUUUUACGCAUGAGUAAUAAGGACUAUGAAUACUUGCUUCAAAAAGUUGAAACAUUGAUUAGAAAACAAGAUACUCAUCUUAGGCUAGCUAUUUCACCUUCAGAACGGCUCAUGCUUACUUUACGGUUUUUAGCAACAGGAGAUAGCUAUCAUUCUCUGGAAUACCUUUUUCGGAUUCCAGUCACGACCAUUUCAAGGAUUAUAACUGAAGUUUGUGAAGCGAUAUUUACUGUGCUGAAAACGGAUUAUCUCCAGAUCCCAAACUCUCAGGAAGAAUGGUAUGAAGUUGCAAAGGGAUUUGAGGAGAUUUGGAAUUUUCCAAACUGUUUAGGUACUCUAGAUGGCAAGCACGUGGUUAUGAAAGCACCAAGGAAUAAAGGCAGGCUUUAUUUUAAUUAUAAAGGAACACAUAGCAUAGUCCUCAUGGCACUAGUUGAUGCAAAAUACAAAUUUCUUUAUGUGCAUGUCGGAUGCAAUGGACGCAUAUCUGAUGGUGGCGUGUAUGCAAACUGUUCAUUGUCAAGAGCAUUAGAAAACAACAUGUCAAACAUGCCAAAACCAAGGCCAUUACCGGGUGAAUCUGAAGAUGCACCUUUUGUUGUUAUUGCUGAUGAUGCUUUUGCCUUGACUUCCUAUUUAUUAAAACCUUUUCCUUUCAAAAACCAACCCGGAUUUAAUCGGGUUUUUAACUACAGAAUAUCAAGAGCAAGGCGUGUAGUUGAAAAUGCUUUCGGACUGAUCUCGGCUCGAUUUCGUGUUCUUAGACGACCAAUAGACCUACCUCCAGAAAAGGUUAAAAAAAUUGUACUUGCAAUAUGUUCUUUGCAUAAUUUUUUACUGACCCAAAAAAGUUCGGCACAUUUAUAUGCCCCAAAUGGAAUAUUUGAUACUGAAAAUGAUGGGCACGUUAUCAAUGGGAGUUGGAGGAAUGGAGGAAAUCCUAUAGCUAAUAUGGUUCCUUUACAGACUACAAAUGUUAGAAACCCAUCGAAAACAGCCAAAGAAGUACGAGAACAAUUUAAAAAUUAUUUUGUAUCCAAACAUGGUGAAGUCGCCUGGCAGUAUAAAUAUAUAUAAACAUAAUACCAUUUUAUCUGCUUAAUGUAAUAUAUGUUUCUAAUGCUG